GCGUGCGCCCGUGAGGGACAGAUCAUACGCAAUGCGACAAAAUUAAAAACACCUUUUAAUAUUCCUCACAACAUACCAACAACAACCAAUGUAAUUUGGUCGGGUUCAUUGUUACCCACCAUAAAAAACAGUGGGCAACAAAAAUCGACUAUGUCACUUCGGACUUUUUAAAACUGGGAAUGACAAGUGCGACUAUGACUAGGACAAACAAGAAUAACGCUUUCUCUGCUACUCUUACUGAAAGUUCCGUAAGAGCAUCUCGUUCAUCUCCCCGCUCCCCCAUUUCAUCUCUAUAUUAUCUUUAUGAUAUACACACAAUCACAGCUAGAUAACAUAAUGUAUGGUGCAGUGCAUGAUAUAAUAAAUAUAAUAAUGGAGACAAUUAUCUGAGUUAUUCCGGCUAAAAAAAGAAUCCAUUUGUUAAACGGACAUUUGUUAAUUAUAUUUAUCUAAUGAUUAAACCGGAAAGAUAUAACGUUAAAUGGUUAUUAAAUAUGUUAGUUAUCCAUGUGAUUUUGUCAGCGGUAACUGCGGUUGUGCGCGAGAAAUGUCUGGUUAAUUUAUUAUUGUGCAAUUAACUUACCUGAUCAAAAUGCAGAGUUUAAUUUGUAGACAUGCUUUUAUAUCUAUUGUUUUUGGAAGUUUGAUGACGACAACUACAGUACAGGCUCAGCUAUUUGUUGGCUCUCUUCUCGGAAAUAACCAGGACAGUAAUAACAACAAUCCCAACAUACCACUCAUUGGCGCCCUAGGCCUAGGAUCAAACAAUAAUCAAAAUACAUUGAACAGUAACUACAAUCAAUAUUCAAAUAACUACCCUAACAAUAAUAAUGCAAAUAGAGGUUUACUAUCAGUCCUAGGAGGUAAUACAAAUGCUAAUAGACCGAACACCAACAACUUAAAUAAUUUCAAUCGUAAUACGAACACAGGCCAAACCAAUCCGAAUAAUAAUGUAAACGACAUAAAGAACCAAAUGAGAGAAGCCGAGAAACUAUUGGAAAGGUUGAAGGAACUAAAUAGGUUGAAAGAACAGCAAAAGUUGGAAAGAGAAAAAGAAAGUCAAGGACAAGGUACGGGCAGUGAUAAUAAAAAAACAGAUAGUAAUGACAAUGAAAAUAUAAAUAUAAAGGAUGACCAUGAGAAAACGGGUGUUCUGAAGUCAUUGACGAAGAAAAAGUUUUACUUUAUGGUGAUGCCGGUUGUGCCAGAAAAUGAAGCGGUGAAAUAUGAGCAAACUGUGUAUUAUCAGGACUGAGGUUUUUAAGUGAUAAUAAUAUUUUGUCGGUCAAAGUUAAAGCUUUAAAAUCUUAAGACAAAAGUGUUUCAUACACCUAGUCAGUCAGUCUAUACAGGUAGUCCUCAUUCAUAUUAACAUCAUUGAAAACAUUUUAAGAAAUUUUGAAUUUAUUUUUAUUAAUUACUACAGGAUUAUUUUUCAUAAUGUUAGCCUAAAUAGUAAAGUGUAAUUAACAAGUUUCAUUUUGUUAAACUGUUAAUGAUUAGGAAACUGAAGUAGUAGCGCCCAUGUAUUGACAUUAUUUAUACAUAAAUUUGUUGGUUUAACUUUAUUAUAACGUUUAAUCUAAAACGCACGUACCAUUUCAUCGUAACUAAAAGCUAACCCUUUGUUAAUUUCAACUGUGUUCCGAAACUGCGAAACUUGCGAUAGUUUGUGGUAAAAACUGAAGGCGUACGCGGUCACGUCCGUUGUUAGCUGUCCGGGAACGCGGCACGGUGUUCGUGCACAUUAUUGUUAUUCAUUGAAACUUGUGUUUUCUUUAAUUUAUUUGUUGGGCAUAAAAAAGGUAAUUGUUAGUAAUUUACGAAGCACAUAAGUAUCUUUCUUUUUUAAUGACAGCUUUAAGACGCUUGCUUUGCCUCAGCAAGCUGCACCAAAGCCUAUGUUCUGUGUUGUAUGCAUACUGCAUUUAGGAUGAAUGUUCAUUCCUUAAAUACGUAUAGUUUGGGUAGCACGUAUUUUCAAUGUUAUCCCGUUAUUCCCGAAAAGUAGUCCCAUAUUUCACAGGUUCCACUUUUUCCGACCCUUAAUAUGUAGGCAUGUCAAAACAGCAGUAUCAUGUAUAAUUGAAGUGUUUUAUUUUACCGGGUAGAAUAUGGCGCAUUUUUUAUCUAAUUAAACGAUAUUUCAGAUGAUAUUUCAUUGUAAUUAAAAGCCCAACUCUUUGCUUGAGCUUUGCUUAAUUUCCAACAAGGUAUGUUCUGAAAUAAUUUGUUCUAAAAACUUACAAUAAUUUGUGCUAGAUAUAAUAUAAUAUUAAAGUGUUUCUUUUCACUAA